UAACACCACAAAAUCAACCCCACUUUAUAUCUAAUUCAACCCCCUCCAACCACUUCCAAGUUCACACUACUCUUUUCAUUAACUUUUUUUCUCACCAAAGACUUCGAACUUUGUGACACAAAGAAAGAACAACAACUGGUCCAUGGGAACCGAAACUUCAUCGUUUGAGACGAGUGAGAUGUUGGCAACGUUUUUAGCAUCCACACCAUUGCUAUCGGAGUCAUGGCGGCUCUGCAACAUCUCCAACACAAGUACACCGCGAGGUUUUCUCGCGGAGCAAAUUGGAGAUGUUGGGUAUAUUGCUUUCUCAGGCAUUCAAACGGUUGGGAACUCCGAACCCAGCUGCAGAAACUUGGUGCCAUUAAUGGAGAGCGACGGAAACGCCUUGUUCAUCCCGCUGCACCGCCUCAACGAAGGCGAGGAGCCUGUAAUGGUGCAUGCAGGCCUGUUACAGCUCUUCCUGUCUAUGCAUAUCUCUGCAAGUUUCCAAAACCAGAUGUUGGCACUAAUGGAGAAAAGCAGGCCAAUUGUCAUCACUGGCCACUCUCUAGGAGGAACAGUUGCCACACUUUGUACUCUUUGGCUCCUCUCUUACUUCCAAUCUGUCUCGUCUCCCUUACAAGUCCUAUGCAUCACUUUUGGCUCUCCAAUGCUUGGCAAUGAGUCACUUUCCAAAGCUGUCCUUAGAGAAAGAUGGGGUGGUAACUUUUGUAAUGUAGUCUCAAAACAUGACAUCAUGCCAAGAAUGCUCUUUGCUCCUCAACCAUCUUUUACUCAGCUACAAUUCCUACUGCAGUAUUGGCAUUUGUCCAUGAAUUGUCCUCGCUUUGGCAUGCUUGCCCAAUUACACGACGAAGAUAAAGCGGAGCUCUUUCGCUUGGUCUUGUGUCAUUUGGAAGUGAUAGCACAAGCAGGAGAAGAGGUAGCAAAAAGUUUAUUUUGGCCACUAGGAAGCUAUUUGUUUUGUUCUGAAGAGGGAGCAAUUUGUGUGGAUAAUGCUGUGUCUGUUAUCAAGAUGAUGCAUUUGUUGCUUAUGACUGGCUCUCCAUAUAGUUGUGUUGAGGAUCAUCUCAAGUAUGGAGAUUAUGUGGAGAAAGUUUCCCUACAGUAUUUGAACCAGGGAAGCUUCAUGCAAGCAGAUAUUCCUGAGUCAAGCUAUGAAUCAGGGGUUGCUAUUUCACUACAGUCCCUGGGGAUAUAUAGCCAGGAAACAGUUGCCAAACCUGUCAAAGACUGCUUGAAGACGGCAAGGCGAAUGGGUCUCAGACCAAACCUGAAUGCUGCCAAGCUGGCUGUUAGCUUAGCGAAAAUUAAUCCCUACAGAGCUCAGAUAGAAUGGUAUAAAGCAUCUUGUGAUGAGUCUGAUGACCACAUGGGGUACCAUGAUUGUUUCAAGCUAAGGGAUAAUUCAAAAAAGGGCUCUAAAGUUAACUUGAACCGGCACAAGCUUGCUGCUUUCUGGAAUAAUGUCAUCAAAAUGCUGGAUAACAAUGAACUGCCUUAUGAUUUUAAUAGGCGAGCAAAAUGGGUCAAUACUUCACAGUUCUAUAAACUCCUGGUUGAGCCAUUGGACAUUGCAGAAUACUAUCGGACAGGGAUGCAUCAUGUCAAGGGCCAUUACUUGAAGCAUGGAAGGGAGAGGAGGUAUGAGAUUUUUGAUAGGUGGUGGAGAGAGAGAAAGGUAAGUGUGGAUGAAAAUAAUAAGAGGAGCAAGCUUGCAAGUUUAACUCAAGAUUCAUGCUUUUGGGCAAGGGUGGAGGAAGCAAGGGAAUGGCUUGAUAACAUUAGAAGUGAAAGUGACCCAAGAAAUCUGGCUUUGCUUUGGGAAAAUAUUGAUGCAUUUGAAAAGUAUGCAAGGAAAUUGGUUGAUAAUAAGGAAGUUUCUAGAGAUGUUCUGUUAAAGAAUUCAAGCUAUAAUUUGUGGGUGGAAGAAUGGAGUAAAUUGAAAUCACAGCUGAAAAAAUGCUCUCUACAGUUUCCAGAUUAUGUGAAUGGGAAAGUAGUUCCUUAGUGUACAAUUCAGCAAGUGACCCAAGAUAGCUGGCUUUGGAUUCGGAGAAUAUUGAUGCAUUUCAAAAGUAUGCAAGGAAAUUGGUUGACAAUGAGGAAGUGUCUACAGAUGUUCCGUCAAAGAAUGCAAGCUAUAAUUUUUGAGUGGUAGAAUGGAGUGAGUUGAAAUCACAGCUGAUGCAAUUCCCCGAGUCUCCAGAUUAUGUGAUUAGGGAAGUAGUUCCUUAGUGUAUAAUCCAGUAUAACAAUGCAUUGUAGCGCAUUUUGAUACAAUGCAAAUUGUAUCUUUGGCAGUGCAUAUUGUGAUACAAUGCUAAUUGUAUCUUAGGUACAUGACUUAUAUUUAUUAGGUUGUAUAUCUUAUGCAGACUCAUAUUUAUUAA